GUGCGGGCUGUGCGCUCAGGGUCGCCGCUGCACCUGCCCCGGGCCUCGCCGGCCCUGCUCUCGGCCGCAGCGGCGCGGAGCCCAGCCCUGCCAGGGGAGCCUCCUGUGCUCCGCCCCACCAGGCCAGCACCCGGCGCAACCCGCCGAGAGGACAGCGCCGAGGAUCGGGCCGCUCCCUGGCGGGGAUGGGCCGCUGCGUCGGGCCCCAGCGCGUCCGAUGAGCCCGGCCACCGCCCGGGAGACCCGCGCCGGCCGCCGUGCGCGCUGCGCCUCGCCCGGCUGCGCCCCCUGCCCCUCGCCUCGCCGCUCCCCGCAUCCCCAGCUCCAGCUGCCGAGGGCGCGGCUGCUCCGGAGAGGCCGAGAGGGGCCGGCCCGAGAUGGCCCAGAGACCCGGCGCUCUGGCGGGCGCCCCGCACGCUGUCCAGGCGCCGGAUGGACCUUGACCCGCAGAGCCAACGCUAGAGGGGCACGGGCGGCGCCGCCAUGAAGAUGAUCCUGGUGCGCAGGUUCCGCGUGCUAAUCUUGGUGCUGUUCCUGGCGGCCUGCGCGCUGCACCUCGCGCUGGACCUGCUGCCCAGGCUGGAGCGGCGCGCGCGGCCCGCGGCGGAGCCUGGCUGCUCCUGCGCGCAGCCGGCGGCGGACGCGGCGCCCGGCUGGACCAAGCACACGCUGCGCAUUCUGCAGGAUUUCAGCUCCGAGCCCGCCUCCAAUCUCACGUCCCACUCCCGGGAGAAGCUGCCGGCUGCCCCCGACCCGGCCGAGCGCGCCCCGCGGCCCCGCGGCCCCGCGCCACGGCAGCUGCUGCCGCGGUCGGCCCCAGCGCCGGGCCCGAGCGCCGCGGGCUCCCUGCUGGCCAGGCUGUUCCAGCACCCGCUCUACCGGGUGGCGGUGCCGCCGCUGACGGAGGACGACGUCCUCUUCAACCUCAACAGCGACAUCAGGUUCAACCCCAAGGCGGCCGGGAGCCCGGGCUGGCCACACGAAGGGACUACAGGGGAAGAAUUCCUGCCCACCGGGCUGGCGGCCGUGGAGCCCUACCCCAACUGGCUCAAGUUCCACAUUGGCAUCAACCGCUACGAGCUGUACUCCAGGCACAACCCAGCCAUCGAGGCUCUGCUGCAGGACCUCACCUCCCAGAAGAUAACCAGUGUGGCCAUGAAGUCGGGGGGCACGCAGCUCAAGCUCGUCAUGACGCUGCAGAACUACGGACAGGCGCUGUUCAAGCCCAUGAAGCAAACCAGGGAGCAGGAAACGCCCCCCGACUUCUUUUACUUCUCCGACUACGAGAGGCACAACGCAGAGAUCGCCGCCUUCCACCUGGACAGGAUCCUGGACUUCCGCCGGGUGCCGCCCGUGGCCGGCAGGGUGGUCAACAUGACCAGGGAGAUCCGGGAUGUCACGCGGGACAAGAAGCUGUGGAGGACAUUCUUCACCUCGCCAGCCAACAACAUCUGCUUCUACGGGGAGUGUUCCUACUACUGCUCCACGGAGCACGCCCUGUGCGGGAAGCCCGACCAGAUCGAGGGGUCCCUGGCGGCCUUCCUGCCCGACCUGUCCCUGGCCAAGAGGAAGACGUGGCGGAACCCCUGGCGGCGCUCCUACCACAAACGCAAGAAGGCGGAGUGGGAGGUGGACCCCGACUACUGCGAGGAGGUGAAGCAGACGCCGCCCUACGACAGCAGCCAGCGCAUCCUGGACAUCAUGGACAUGACCAUCUUCGACUUCCUCAUGGGGAACAUGGACCGCCACCACUACGAGACUUUUGAGAAGUUCGGGAACGAGACAUUCCUCAUCCACCUGGACAAUGGCCGGGGGUUCGGGAAGCACUCGCACGACGAGCUUUCCAUCCUGGUGCCGCUGCAGCAGUGUUGCAGGAUCAGGAAGUCCACCUAUCUGCGGCUGCAGCUGCUGGCCAAGGAGGAGUUCAAGCUGAGCCUGCUGAUGGCGGAGUCGCUACAGCGGGACCAGGUGGCGCCCGUGCUGUACCAGCUGCACCUGGAGGCCCUGGACCGGCGGCUGCGCCUGGUGCUGCGGACCGUGCAGGACUGCAUUGAGAAGGACGGGCUGCCCAGCGUGGUGGAGGAGGACCUGGGCCCUGAGCACAGAGCUGCCCCCGAGAGGUAGUGACCGGCGCCAUGGGUCCGGCGAGCGCAGACGCUGGCCGCGGCCCUGCCAGGACUGGGGAGGCGGCGCUGCCCAGGUCCCAGGCUUCGGUUCCCUCCGUGUCCACCUGCGGUGCUUGGAGAGGCUGCCGAGCCGGCCGCGGGCAGGUCCACCCUCGGGGGCCACGCACUCCGCACCCAGCUCCAGUGGAAGCUUCUCCCCAGCCCGGGGCCUCGGCGCCCACGUGGCGGGGCUCCUCAUGACGGACGGACAGACAGAUGCUCUCAGGGGCGACCCACGCCCAGUUCUUCCACUCAUCCAUCCCGCGUGGUGCCCGUGCCCCCGCUCGCCCUGGGCGUCAGGGUAGACGCAGCCCGAGCUGGAGGCUUGCUCGGCCGCGUUGCCGGGGAACAGUUUGCAAUACGGUAAACACGCAAUAAAAACUCGGCAAACGCACCUGCGGCCUCCUGGGCAAGGCCCUCACCCUGGCACGUGCCCGCCUGUCCAUCAUAGGAGCCAGCUCUAAGCCAGGCGUGGGCAAGCUCGUGGAAGGCGAGGGGCAUGGGGGCUUUCCAGGCCAGGCCAGGCUCCCGAGUCUGGGCUCCGACUGCACAGCCUGGCACAGCUGGGACAUUCCAGGCCCUGCCUGCCACUGGUCACAGGCCUGAGACCCGACCCAGCCCAGCCUGGACACUGGGGGCUCAGCCUCUGCCCCAGGGAGGGCAGGAGCUGUUCCUAUGAGGUGGGGUCCGUCCUCAGCUCCACCUGGGGCCCUGAGGCUGGGAGAGAGGGAGCCCUCGGCUCUUGCCACAGCCACGCCAGGGCUAGAAACCUGGGAGCCUGGAGGGUGCAGCUGCCCCGCCAACCCUGCGGUGCCCAGGACACGGGGAGAAAGAGACAUGACGAUGACAGGUGCCUCCUUCCUGUCCCGCCCCAGGCUCAGCCCCCACUGUGACUCAGGUGCUUGGGCCCCCUGCCCUGCUCUGGAGGGGCUCUGAUGCCCCCACCUCCC